AUGAGAAUAAUGGCAAGGAACCGCUUCUCUACUUUCGUGGAAACUCUUGCUUGUGAUCGAUGGGCCUCGCAGUUCGAAUCUCUGAUUGGAGCUAGAAAUGUUGUAACCAAAAGCUCACAAAAACAACAGUUUAUGAAAGAUGAAGGUCACUUCAGAGGUAAAAUGCCCGAAGUAGUGCUCUUGCCUGAAUCCGUUGAGCAAGUCUCUGAUAUCAUGAAGAUAUGUAAUUCCUUCAAAAUCCCAGUAAUACCUUUCGGGACGGGUACAGGCCUUGAAGGAGGUGUCGUACAUGUGAAAAAGGGUGUCAGUAUUGUUCUUUCUAAUCUUGGUGGAGGGAUAACCAAAGUAUCGCCUGAAGAUGGGAUAGCGUCUGUUAGACCAUCUGUUACUCGAACUGGAUUAAACUCCAUGGUACGACAACAUGGGUUGUUCUUCUCAGUUGAUCCAGGAGCUGAUGCUUCUGUAUGUGGUAUGGUGGCAACAGGAGCAAGUGGUACCAAUGCUAUCAGAUACGGAACAAUGAAAGAAAAUGUUGUGAAUCUAGAGAUAGUCCUAGCUGAUGGCUCAGUGAUCAAUACGAGAGGAAAAAAUAAUUGCCCACCAAAAACGUCUGCUGGCUAUAACCUUACAGAACUGUUUGUUGGAUCUGAAGGCACUCUAGGAGUCAUAAUCGAAGCAACCAUUCGUUUACAUUCACUGCCCUCUUGUCGAACUGUAGCAGUUACUGCAUUUGAUACAACUCAUAGUGCUGUUCAAGCUACAAUGGAAGUAAUUCAAAGUGGUAUUCCUGUUGCGAGAAUAGAAUUUCUUGACGAUAUUCAAGUGGCUGCUUGUAAUAAAUACAGUUCCUUAACUAUGCCAGUGGCACCAACACUAUUUUUGGAGUUUCACGGUUUUACUGAUGCUAGUGUCCAGUCUCAGUUAGAGUAUACAAAAAGUAUUUGCUCAAGUUACAACGCACUGUCGUUUGUUGAGUCUGAGAACAAUAGUGAUAUAGAUAAGUUGUGGAAGGCAAGGCAUAAUGCAUAUUAUGCAGCUUUGUCUCUUCGUGAAGGUUCAAGGGGCUUUACAACUGAUGUGUGUGUACCAAUCUCCAAAUUGGCUGAUGUUAUUACCUUGACGAAGAAAGACCUGAUUGAUUCCAAUCUUGUUGGAACAAUUGUUGGUCAUGUAGGAGACGGUAACUUCCAUGUUAUCCUUCCUGUAGUCGAUAUGGAGAAAGAACUUCCUAAAGUUAAACAGUUUUCGGAUAGAUUGGUAAAAAGAGCCUUGACUCAUAAUGGAACGUGUACUGGAGAACAUGGUGUUGGAAUGGGAAAGUUGUCUUAUUUAGAAGACGAAGUUGGAAAAGAAUGUUUGAAUGUCAUGAGAAUGAUCAAGCAAUCUCUCGACCCUAACAACAUCAUGAAUCCCGGUAAAGUAUUGAAAUGA